AUGAUGAGCAAUAAUAACAAUAGUUUGAAUAUUAGUAGUGGAGAUGUUGGAAAUGUUAUAACAAAUGCAAUAAAUAAUGAAUGGGUCAAGCUAAAUGUUGGAGGCACAGUUAUACAGACCACGUUGACAACAUUGAGGAAGGACAAAGAGUCGAUGCUCAACCUAAUGUUCAACAAGGACUAUGGAUGGAAUCAUACAAGAGAUGAGAAUGGAUGUAUACUUAUCGAUGCUGACCCAAGAUACUUCCUAGUCAUACUCAACUAUCUCCGUCAUGGUGAGCUCAUCAUCGAACCAAACCUCAACUACUACGGCGUCUGGUCCCUCGCACGCUACUUUCAAAUUAAACCAAUAGUUGACCUACUUGAAUAUGAAGAUAAUGACGCAUCAUGUUGGCAAACACUGAUGGAGGAUAAUGUUAUUGCAUCAGAGAUGGACUCAUUGAGAUGGACAGUUAAUAGAGAAUGCUCUGGUUCAUCAUUGAUGGUUGAGGAGGGACGUUAUAAGUUUGUGAACAGAGCAUAUAUGAUCACUCGAGAUCAGUACAAUCCUGAUGAUGGUGAGGUGAAGCUGACAGGCACAUGGAUCCGCGCCACCAAUGACGACUUCUUCCAGUGCGCCACACGCUCCGAUGGAAUGCACGUCGGUGCGCCCUACUACGAGAUACAGAAUGGCCUGGAGUUUAGUUACAUUCGAGGCGUGGCAUCGAUCAUUGGACGUGGCAGCAUGGUACCUUCUGGACACGUCAAGAUCAAGAAGCAGGGCGAGUUUGCCUUCCAGGUCGGUGUGCCCGUUCACUUUGAGAUCCACGACGAUGGCACCAACGUCAGCUUCACACUCUGGGAGUCGAUCACCAAGACGUCGCUCACUAUCGAGACCAAGUGUACCAACCGCAGUCUUAUCAACUAUAUCGUCUUUCACAAUCGUGAGAAGACUGGCAGCAAUCAUAUAUCAUAUCUGUCCAACGUCAGAGUACAACGUUGGGUUCGCGCCACUCCCAGGAAGAGCAAGACAAAGAAGAUCAUCAAGAGAAUGAAUCAACUAUCUCAAUCGAAUGAAAUGUCUCGA